CACGUUUCCGGUUUUGAUGUCACUUCCUCCGAUAUUUCCCCAUUCAGCGAGUGUUUUCAUCAAAUCCCAAGCUAGCCGCUGUUUUCCUUCAGUGAAGAAAGAUGUCUGGCGGGCCGGCUGUGCGUGUGAGUAUCGAGUCGUCAUGUGAGAAGCAGGUUCAGGAAGUUUCGUUGGACGGCGUGGAGACCUAUGUCCCGCCCCUCUCCAUGUCCCAGAGUCUCGCACGAUUGGCUCAGAGAAUCGACUUCAACCAAUCAGACGAGUCUAAUGAUGAGGAGGCGGCGGCGGCGGCCACCAGCGAAACGCCAUGGAAACAAGAACAGCAAGAGGAGGAGGAAGGCACGGUGCGUUUCCAGCCUUCCUUGUGGCCCUGGGACAGUGUUCGCUCUGGCCUGCGGGGGGCGCUGACGGAGAUGUGUGUUCUACACGACGUCCUCACACUAGUACAGGACAAGAAAUACAUGGCACUGGACCCCGUCUCUCAAGACACACAGCCCAAGACUCCUCAGGUCCUCCAGCUGGUCUCUAAGAAGCGAGCGCUGGCCCAGGCGGGUGGCGUGCUGCUUCGCGGGGCCGAGCGUCUGAGCCGCAGUGUGGUGGAGACGGCAGACAGGGGGCGCCAGCGAGACUUCAACUCGGAACUGCUGAGACUCCGAUCACAAUGGAAACUACGCAAGAUUGGUGACAAGAUACUGGGGGAUCUCAGCUAUCGCAGCGCAGGUUCUCUCUUCCCUCAUCACGGUACGUUUGAGGUCAUCAAGAACACUGAUAUCGAUCUGGAGAAGAAAGUUCCGGAUGAUUACUGUCCCCUCAGUGUCCACAUACCCAGCGACUUACAGGGGUCCGCUUACAUCAAGGUUUCGAUCCAGAGAACAGCUCCAGAUAUCGGAGACCUUGGAACUGUCAACCUGUUUAGGAGACAACCCAAAACCAGAGCAGGUGCGCAGCAAUGGCAUGUCCAGCUGGAGGCGGCCCAGAAUGUUCUGCUGUGUAAGGAGAUCCUGGCCCAGCUAUCCAGAGAGGCCGUUCAAUUGAAGAGUCAAAUACCCCACAUAGUGGUCAAGAACCACAUCAUAUCACAGCCCUUCCCAGGUCUACAGCUCUCCAUCUCUCUGUGUCACUCUACUGGCGACAAGAAGAAACAGAAAUCUCCUACUGAAGCCAAACCAGACGACCAUCUAUAUGUACUGGAACACAACUUACAUCAGCUGAUCCGAGAGUUUCAUAAGCACAGCCUGACGUCGUUGGCAGUGUCUCACCCGGCCAGUUCUCCGCUGGGUUCUAAAAGGCUUCGCCUGGCGGGUCCUCUCGCCAUGGACAAGGCGGCUAUCGCUCACAUACACACACACUCCUCAGAAGGACUACUCGACAAGAUCAUCAAACAAGCCAAACACAUCUUCCUCAGGAGCAGGACGGCUCGUACCAUUGACAGCUUGGCCAGCCGUAUUGAGGAUCCUCAGAUUCAGGCCCACUGGUCCAAUAUCAACGACGUCUACGAGUCCAGUGUCAAAGUCCUCAUCACAUCACAUGGAUACGAACAGAUAUGCAAGUCUAUCCAGCUGCAGUUGAAUAUCGGAGUUGAGCAGAUUCGAGUCGUCCAUCGAGACGGGAGAGUCGUCACCCUGUCCCACCAGGAACAAGAGCUGCAGGACUUCCUACUGUCACAGAUGUCUCAGCAUCAGGUGCAUGCGGUGCAGCAGCUGGCGAAGGUGAUGGGCUGGCACGUCUUGUCGUUUAGCAACCACGUGGGACUGGGAGCCAUCGAGAGCAUCGGCAACGCCUCAGCUGUCACUGUCACUUCACCCAACGGAGAACACGCCAUCUCAGUGCGUAGUGGUCCUGAGCAGGGGUGUCGUGUGCUGGUUCAGCGUGUGCGUGGUGCGUGUGGUUCAGGGGGUGUGCCAGGGGGCUCGGGGGGCGUGGGUGCAGGCGGGAGCGGGAGUGCUGUGGGGGGGUCAGGGGGCAGUGAGGUGGUGCAAGACCCCCGCUGGGGCCAACUGAGGGGGGCGCACCGCGAGGUCAACUGGAGUCGCAUGGAGGGACGGAACUUCAUCUACAAGAUGGAACUGCUCAUGGCCGCACUCACACCAUGUCCUUAGACACACACACACACACACACACACACACACACACACACUAUACACACACACACACACACACACACACACACACACACACACACACACACACACUAUACACACACACACCACCUCAUCUGCAAGAUGAAAUUAUUCAUGGCCACACUCAUCCCCUUGAAGACACCCACACACAUACACACCUUUCCUUUUUUUGCUCCAUCAUGUAUGUAUGUUCUUUUCAUAUCCAAUAAACUAGUUUACAG